AGAAAGAGAGAAAAAACUGAAAAAUCAUCAUUUCAGAUUCUGGGUUAUGGCCACAGCUCUGCCAUCUACAGUAUGGCACGCAACAAAGUUUCAGCCGCAACCUCCGCUUCUUCAGCGUCGGCGCCCCUUAUUAGUCCAAUCCUUUAGGCGGAGCGACUUCGACACCUUCACUCGCCGUAUGGCUUCUGGUGAGGCCUUGAAGGACGCCUGGCGAACCGCCAACGACGGCUUCGAGCAAUUCGUCUUCGAAGCUAAAAAGACCGCUGAACGCUUGGACCGCCAGUACUCCGUUUCCCGCCGGCUCUCCUCCGCCGCCCAAUCCGCUGCGGACCGUGCUCGUGAGAUUGACCGGGAGUUCGAGAUUGGACUCCGUUGGCGGACUUUUUCUAUGGAUUUUAGUAGAAAUUGGCCUAGGUACAGGAAGCAGCUGAAUGAUUUCUUGGAUACUCCAUUGGGAAGAAGUUUUGCUACAAUUUUCUUCCUUUGGUUUGCAUUAUCUGGUUGGAUGUUUCGAUGCUUAAUAUUUGCCACAUGGAUACUACCAUUUGCUGGACCUCUUCUCAUUGGGACUGUUGCCAAUAAUCUUGUUAUUAAGGGUGCUUGUCCAGCUUGUAAGAGACAGUUUGUUGGCUAUAAAAACCAAAUAGUACGUUGUGUGAGCUGUGGAAACAUUGUAUGGCAACCCGAAGGAGACUUCUUUCGCAGAGAUAGCAAGGGCACCAAUUCAAGAAAGUCAGAGCCUGACAUUAUCGACGUUGAAUUUGAGGAGAAAUGACAAGAUGUUCUCAAAUCAUACAAGUGAUCCAUCACUUUUUCUGGAGUCAAACGAGACUGAAAGGCAGUUCUUGCUCACUUCUUUCGAGGUUUGGUUUCUUUGAAAAUCUCGUGUUGCCAUUGGUACCUGUCUGUAGUGUAUAGCAUGAUUCUCAGUUUUAGUCUCUUUAUAUACAAGGAAACUUAAAGAAAGAGGACGCUAAUAUUUUUCUUAUAGAAAAUGUUUCAUUUCAUAAGGUAUAGGUUGUAGUUUGAACUCCGAUGUCUUAAGCCAUCACAAUGCUCUAUGUUUGUAGAAUAAUUUUUGCUUAUAUAUUUGUGUGAAGUGGGAAGAACAAGUAGCAGAAUUUGAUAUGUGAUAAAAGAAGUGGCCUUGUUUAAAUGUAAAUUAAAAUGGUUCAUCCAUUUAUUUUAGGGGUAGGAAGAGUUGGAUUUCAGUAAAAUUGGUGUUCAAUC